UGUCGCAAAUCCAUAGAAGACGUUUUCGCAAAGAUGUAUGUGAAGUCAGAGACACUGGACAAAAACAGAAGCAGAACUAAUGAAGAAGCUGAAGAACAUUGAAAUGUCCAAGAGGGUUGCCAUAGAUGAUAUCAAUAAAACUUUUGACGAUCUGACCAAUGAGCUGAAGCAACGGAGGGCAGUCCUCUUGUCAGAUGUUGAACAUAAAUCUGCUCAGAAUCUUCAGCUGACAAAGGAUGCACUGGAAUCAACAAGAGUUUUGCAGACUAGAGUAAAAUCUUCUUCUGAAUACACAAAACUAAUGAGAAGUAAAGCUGACACGGUAGAGGAGCUUCAUGUGAUGGGUUCUUCACUUACCUCUUUGAGCACCAUGUUGGAGGAGACGCCACAAGAGGUAUCAUUUGUCAGGACUGGUGUGAACUUUGUGGAGGCAAACAUACAUCAUCUUCGUGAUAGUAUCAAAGCAGCUGGAAUGGUCAGGUCAGUCACGUUCUCCCCAACAGACAGGCCGACAAAAGUGCCAGAUUCUAUAGCAUACAAUGCCAUCGUACUGGAUCCAGCAGAGUUACCUACAGACCCUAUGCUGGAAUGGGACCCAGGAACAGCUCGGCGUGGUAUAAGCGUAUCUAGGCGGGUAGUCACCAACACUCCACCAACCACCCCUUCUCCUGAUACAGGAUGUCGGAUACAACAAAUCAGAUCAGUUCUGGCGUCCAGACCUCUGGUGGUUCGAAACAGCCCCGGUCAACAGUGCAUCUAUCAAGUAAACCUUGGGUUCUCUGUGAAAAAACUAUACCAGACAAGUGUAUGAUACUAGAGACUGCUCUGACCCCACCCCUGUAGAUGCUUACAACAGUCAAUACACUGGACUGAGUGUAGGUGUUGUUAUGUGCCUCAACCACAAGCAGCAGCUGUGUCUCUGGGUUGCCUAUAAUGGCACCUACCUCAGGGACACCCCACUCACCCAGAUCAGAGUUGGCCAGUCUUAUGACCUACGACUGUGUUUUUUGUACUGAAUGGAGCUAACAACAAACUGUCAGUUAUCAAUGCUGCUGAUAACACAGUGUACACCACUGUCACUGAUGUAGAUUUUGACAGACCCAUGUGGGUCAUGAUGUGUGUUUGUAAUCCCGACUAUAUGCAGAUAUGACAGGAGAACUGAUAUCAGGCCACAACGUUACAGGAUCCUUCAACGACUACAAUCGGUAGAAAAGUCUUCAUCAUCAGCAUGACACUCUGCAUGUACAACACAGACGCUAAUGAACCCAGGCAGUACGUUGAUUGUCUGAAGGUCUCGGGGAUAUUGCACAAGAAUGUAAUAUGCAACAGAUGCUAGUAUUGCAGUAAUGAUGAAUGUUUAACUCUUAGUGGUAAUUACAAAGGUUAUAGCAAAAGAAUAAAGAGAAAUAUGAACUGCAACACAUGUCACGAGUGUUUAACUAUGAUACUGUAUAUGUUAAAAUAGAGGGUGUGUGUUAUUUGGAUCAGAAUUAAUCUGAGUUACUGAUAAAUUUAUUUUAAAUGGAAUAUCACUUUUGCAAUUCAUUAUAGAUUUGCGUUUGUAAAUAGCGGACCCAUUCGCAGUGAAUUAUUACCUAUUUAUGAAUGGUUAAUGUGUUUUGAAGUUUGAAAUAUUCUUAUGGUUACCAGAUUUCUAUUUCUAAGGAAUGUGAUAUUUUAACUUAUCAUAAGCAAUAGUGUGAUGUUUAUGAUGUAUAUAAGACCGAAGUAAUGUGUGAUGUAUUUUCGCUUGGUAUCGCAGCACUGAACGCUUCCCUAAUUAUAAGUGUGUUGAUGCUUUAACAACACAGUGUUAGUAGUCACAGCCCCUUACAUAUUUAAUAUAUAUAUUGUGACAGUGCACAAUUUAUCAUUAUAUUCUUCAUAUUUGUAUAUUUUUCUGAAUGUAUGUAUUUUAUAUAUAUUUGCCACAAAUUUCACUUUCAUUUUGAAGAGUUGUAAUAUUGAAACGUCACUUCAUGUCAUGGCUCCUGCUGAUGUAACGCACUUCGCAAAGAUAAUUAACAUAAGCCAUAUACCAUUGAAAGUGUCAACUUAAAACUCAAUCCAUUGUUUAUUGCACCAGUAAAUGUCUUAAUGACCACCGUGCAGAUGUCCAGGCCACAACUGUAGAAACAAACUGCAAUAAAUCUGACCUAAUUGACGCCAAUUAUCCUGUCACGGUCACGUGACUACCCUUCCAAAACUCGUUUCGGCUUGUCCAAUCAGUAACUGUUUGAUCUAUGUCAACCAACCAAAAUCGUAAUUACCGUAUUAUAUGUUUUGGCCAAUCGCAAAGAAUUCCAACAUUGAUCAGUGAUGUUUUCGGCUAUAAAAAGAGGUCAGUGAUUUCCGAUCGGCACACUUGACCUCACAAUAAAUGAUGAAACAUCUCCUUGACUGAUCAUUGACUUAAGGAAUUCUACAUUCUAUUUUAAGGAUUUAAACUUGUUAUCCCAUAACGAGCCGGGUAACAAUAUUUUAUAAAGAAUUAAUUUGAAAAUCCAAAGAAUGUAUUUCACAAAGAGAAACCUUAUUUUGUCCCUGUCGUGAUUUCUAAAAAUGUUGGGGCGGUGGGGUAGUCUGGUGGUUAAGCCUCCGAUUCCCCACAUGGGUACAAAUGUGUGAAGCCAUUUCUAGUGUCGCCUGCCGUGAUACUGCUGGAAUAUUGCUAAAUGCGGCAUAAAACUAAACCCACUCACUCUAGAAAUGUUAAAUUCUAUCCACGCCAGUAUGUUACCUGUCUAAUUAGACAUCAAUUACCCGUUGUUGUUAUUGUUGUUGUUGUUGUUGUUGUUGUUGUUAACCUCUGCGACUAUGUAUAUAUAUUUCUCAUCACCUGGUCACUUUUAGCUUUACAGCGGUGUAAGAAAUUUGCUUUGGUAUGAACAAUCGUUCACAACCACUAUGUCACCGGCUACAGAGAUUUCAUAACGCUAUAACUCUGUACUACUAUGGGCUGGAAUGCAGUUUACCGGGGAGUUAUAGCACGAUCGAUGUCUCCAUGUAUCGCAGCAUGCCUCCCGUUCCAGUGCUCCAAUGUAACACAGGUUAUGAAGAGGAACGUCGCAUCUAUUGCAACACAGAGUGAGUGAGUUUAGUUUUACGCCGCACUCAUUGCACCAAAGAAGUCUAUACAUAAAAGCGUUCCUCGUCAUACCAGCUUCUUAAUGUCACUUACAGAAGUAACACAUGUCAUAUUUGGGUCUACACGUUCUCAGUAAAGUACAGAUUCUAGUCCCAUCCGGAGCUCGAACCACACCCUCAGAGUCAGGCACCUACUCGCCAGCACACAAUGUCACCCGCCUAACCCGCACAGCCACAGCGGCUUCCACAGAAAUGGAAGUCGGACAACUGGUAGUCUAGACUACACGACUCUCACCGCCGAAAACUAUGAAUACACAAUACCAUUUAGAAAGUGGUCAAAAGUAACACGUUAUAUUUAGGAUUUGUGUUACUGACUCUGAGAGAGUGUAGGUUAUAAAUAACUCCCAAACUCCCAAACUGUACUCAACUCCCAAACGUACUAGAAUCUGAACUUUACUGAGAAAGUGUAAACCCAAAUGUAACACGUUACUCUUUGUAACAAUGAAGUAUUUAAACAUA